AUGAAACCUUACACUGUUGAAGAACGAGAACGCAUAAGUGAAACGCUAAAGAGAUGCUUGGGCCCAGAGUACAUUUCACGCAGGGCUGGGCCUUCUGGACAGCAAUCGUAUCUCAAUGGAGGCCUCGCUAUUCAAUUAGCCAACGACAUAUUCGGUUUUGAUGGCUGGUCAUCAGAGAUCAAGAAUACCACCGUUGAUUAUGUUGAUGUAGAUGAAAAUCAGAGAGCCAAUGUGGGUGUUUCGGUAACAAUGCGCAUCACUCUCAAGGAUGGAACGUAUCGUGAGGACAUUGGUUAUGCUUCCAGUCAGAAUGCUCCGAACAAGGGGAUUGCUAUCGACAAGGCUAGAAAGGCUGCAACUACAGAUGCCAUCAAGCGAACUUUGAAAAACUUUGGCAAUGCCCUUGGCAACUGUCUAUAUGACAAAAGCUACCUACAUGGCGUGGCUCAGAUGGCACAUCCUCAGAUCAAAUUUUCGCCUGCAAACUUGUAUAGACAUCAGCAGUUUCAGUCCAAAGAUGUUGCGCCUCAAUUAGCAUUACAGCAAGCACAGCAACAACGAGUGCCUGCGCCUACCAUCAGUCCAUCGCCUUUACAGCUGCAGCAAGCACGCCUGUCGCCACCACAGCCACAGGCACAAGCACGACCGCAAUUAGAAUUUCAAGCAAAACCACAAUCACCGUCCUAUCCACGAUUGCAACCCACACUGACUCCUCCGUCAGCAGCACAACAAACAGCGCAGGCGCAAACAUUAGCGCAAGCUCAAUCCAUGGCUCGAAAGAGACAUCUAGAACAGAUUGACAUGCAGCAAAAGCGUGCUAAACAAAACAAUCAGCAUGAGCAUCCCAUCAAGCAAGAGGUUGUGGUAGCAAGCACAUCUGAAACUCUACCCAUUCUUUUACCAGAAGACAGUUUUAGUUAUGAAGGAGACGAUGAGUUUUACGCCAUGUUCCAAAACGAGCCAAAUGAAGACGAAUUCACGAUCAAGGAUGAUGAAUUUAUCAAUACGGAUGAUGCUGAACUGGAUCAAUUGGACAGGGUAUCUCAACCUUCUCGCCGCUCCUCUGCUGCUUCUAUUGCUGCCGAGGCAGGUGUUGGGGUACAAUACUAA